AUGGUUCUUUUUGAGGAUAUGCCUUCGUCUCUUAAAUGGCUACGAGUCGAUCUCCUAUACCUGUUUGGCUUAAGCCCUGUCAGGCCUGAUACUCGAGUUCCUCUAGUGGAUAGCUUCUAUGAUGAUUUGAUUGAUGAGGAACUACGUCUGGAAGAGGAUGUUAUUCGUGCCAAAGAAGCCAAACUUCUGGCUGCUAUUGCUCUUCCUCCUUCAAUCGAAGAACAAGCCCCUCUAGUUGAAGUACCCAGUUCUUUGGGCAUUCUUGAAGCUCUUGAAGCUCCUGAGGGUCCCUCCGCAAAGAUCCCUGCCAGUUCUUUACUCGCUGUUACUUCUCCAGCUGCCGUUGCUGUCUCCUCAUCUGCCCCUCUUCCCCUCAUUGAGCUUACGUCUCCCGGUAGCUCUGGUAAAUCACUAACUAAACUUUCUAAAGGUAAACGCCCAGGGCACAAAAUUACCAGAGCUCCUCCAUCAAAAAGGAGGCUCAUUCUCCCUGCUGACGAGCUAGUUUCGGAAGGUUUUACCUCGGCUGACCUUCCUUCUGACGAGCCGACAUUGGCGGAACUCUAUCCUUCCCUGAGUUUUCCUGCCUCACCUUUCGCUAAUGCCAAUGCUUCUGGCGAUCGAUGGAUAGAAAAUAUGGAUUUUUCUCGACUACUGCACAACUUAUACACUGAGAAUAAGAGGUUGAGAUCUGAAAAUGAUAAGCUGAAACAAGAGGUUGCCGAGUUAUCUUCUGCUGCGUUUUCUGCUGCCGCCAAGAAACAACUCGAGGCACAAAUUCAAAGUCUUCAGACAAAAUUUAAAUUGCUGAAGGAGGAUGAAAUAACUUCCUUGAACACCUCCCUUAACUCAGUCAGGACCGAGGUUUCUGCAAAAGAAGCUGAAUUGAAGACUUCUCAGAUGGCUCUGGUGGUUUAUAAGGGUGGCGAAGAUGUUCGUUACAGGGAGCGGGACACUGCCAUGAUAGAGUCUCCUGAAUUCAACAGGCCAAUUGUGAAGUCCAUCUUCACAAGGCCAGAAGAGAAAACAAGGGUUUACAAGGUUUUCUUCCGCUUUCCUCCAUCUCUCGCCCUCUUCCUUGAUUCCUCUUUCAUUUUACCGUCGUUCUAUGGCAGCUUCUCCUCCCGCAUGGGUUAUGAGCAACUAAGAGGCCUCAGUCUUCCACAUCGAGCUGAUCGCCAUAGUCGUCAGGCAGUGGCUAAGGAAGUGAUUAAACUUCUUGAUGCAGGGAUUAUUUACCCAAUUUCGGAUAGUGAAUGGGUGAGUCCAGUCCACGUUGUUCCAAAGAAAGGAGGAAUGACUGUUAUCAAGAAUGAAGAAGAUAAGCUAAUUUCAACACGAACAGUGAUGGGGUGGCGAAUGUGCAUUGAUUAUCGGAAGUUGAAUAAAGAAACAAGGAAGGAUCAUUUCCCUUCACCAUUUAUUGAUGAAAUGCUUGAAAGAUUAGCUAAACAUUCCUACUUUUGUUACUUGGACGGAUAUUCUGGAUUUUUUCAAAUUUCAAUUCAUCCUCAAGACCAGGAGAAGACUACUUUUACUUGUCCUUAUGGUACCUUUGCUUAUCGUCGGAUGCCAUUUGGGCUUUGUAAUGCUCCAGCCACUUUUCAGAGAUGCAUGAUGGCAAUUUUUUCAGAUUUAAUAGAAAAAAUUAUGGAGGUUUUCAUGGAUGAUUUCUCAGUUUAUGGAAAUGACUUUGAUUCUUGUUUGUCAAAUCUUUCUACUGUUCUAAAAAGGUGUGAAGAUACAAACCUAGUGUUGAACUGGGAAAAAUGUCAUUUUAUGGUUAAGGAAGGAAUAGUUUUGGGGCAUAAAAUUUCAGAGCGUGGUAUUGAGGUAGAUCAAGCAAAAGUGGAAGUAAUAGACAAAUUACCCCCACCUAUCAAUGUAAAAGGAGUUAGGAGUUUUUUAGGGCAUGCUGGUUUCUAUAGACGUUUUAUUAAGGACUUUUCAAAGAUUUCCAAGCCAUUGACUAAUCUGUUGAUUAAAGAUGUUGAGUUUUGUUUUGAUAGCGAAUGUAUUGAAGCCUUCAAUAAAAUCAAGAGUGCUCUUACAACAGCUCCAGUCAUUCAAGCACCUGAUUGGGAUCUUCCUUUUGAAAUAAUGUGUGAUGCUAGUGAUUUUGCUGUAGGAGCAGUUUUGGGACAACGAAGAAAUAAGAUUUUACAUGCGAUCCAUUAUGCAAGUAAAACACUUGAUGCAGCCCAAGUAAACUAUUCUACUACAGAAAAAGAAUUAUUGGCAGUGGUAUUUGCUAUUGAUAAAUUUAGAUCCUAUCUAGUAGGAUCAAGAAUAAUAGUGUAUACUGAUCAUGCAGCUAUUCGGUAUCUACUUGGAAAGAAAGAUGCUAAACCUAGGUUAAUCAGGUGGAUUUUACUUUUGCAAGAGUUCAACCUUGAGAUUAGGGAUAAGAAAGGAGCUGAAAAUGUAGUAGCGGAUCAUUUGUCUAGA